CACGGAGAAGGUGUGAUGACCAUGUUCUCAAAUCCUACUAUACGUUCAAACAUGAACAUGAAUAGCAACAUAAACAUGAACACUAGCAUGAACAUGAACAUGGAUAUUGAUACAAAUGAUCUGGAAUCGGAUUCUUAUACAUCCUUGGAGUACACAAAUUUAGAGGAUGAUCUUGGCUCCGAACAACCGUCUGACCCUACCUCCGACCCUACCUCCCCUGCCUCCGGCGGACCUGAACCUAUCAGGGCUAGGGAUUCCAUUAUACCCGUAGGAUCACUGAGCAGAGACCUUUUAUGUGGGAUAUCAGGAACAACUGAACUAUCAGGAGUUAAGAACCUGACACUAAGGAUCAGAUGUAUUGGGAACAACGAGAGUUUUAGGAUUCUUCCAAGAUCUUUCCCUUUUCUCUCUUCAUUGUACUUGGAUAAUUCUGUUUUCUACAGUCUGAGGGUAGUAGGGGAGGAAAUAUCCACACUCAAAAUUCUCUCAGUAUGUGGGUGCAGUCUAAUAUCUUUACAUGGAAUUGACCUUCUCCCUAAUAUUAGAGAACUGUAUGCUUCCUACAACCAAAUAGAAGAUGUUCUAGAACUUACUGACCUUACAAAAAUUUCAAUCAUAGAUCUAGAAAGUAACCAGAUUUCAAGUUUUGACAGUGUUAGCUUCCUUUACCUCUGUUCCACACUCAAUACACUCACACUUAGGGGCAAUCCAAUAUCAGCUGUUAGUGAUUACAGAGAACGAAUGAGAAGAUAUAUCCCGCGGCUGAAAAAGCUUGAUCCAACUCCGAGAAAAUUCAGAGUGCUUGAGGAUGAUUGCAAGGAUGUAAAGGAUGACCGAGCUUCUCCUGAUAAUGAUUUGGGAAAUUUUCAGAUCAAAAUCACCGAAGGAGAUAUGGUAGAUAUAGAUAUGGAAGCUAAUGACUCUACAACAAACAAAAUACAGAUUGCUAGUGAGGCAGCAGUAAAGAGGUUUGUAGAUGAUGAUAUAGAAGAAGGGGCUCAUGAGAGUAUUUUUAUUGAGAUCGAACAGAAUAACUUCAUACAAAGAGCAGAAACAGAUCAAUCCUCAGGACAGUUUUCAAACUCAUUCCAGAACUCAGUAGAAUCUUUGGAUGAAGCCUUGAAAGAGCACGGUUUCAGCUCUAUAAGUGCAACAGAAGGAGAUGAAUAUCAGACAGAAGAUCAGACAGAAGAUCAGACAGAAGAUCAGACAGAAUAUCAGACAGAAAAUCAGACAGAAGAUCAGACAGAAGAUCAGACUGAAGAGAAAAAAGAGGAAACAUUCAAUAAGAAAAAGUUCUGCUGUGAAAAACACUAUAAGCUAUUUGAGCAGGCCUCCAGAAGUAUAAGAUUCUGUGCUCUUGAGACGACCAUAUUAACUUGUGAGAAGGAGAAAGCAAAUCAGAUAAAACUUGAGAAAAUAGAAACUGAAGAAAGAGAUAGAAAACUCUGGGCUAAAGAGAAAAAUCAGGAUGAAAGAAAAGAUAUAAAAGCAGAUCUUGAAGAAGUUCUUGAGAAACCUAAACCAGAAAAAGUAGAAGCUAAACAUUGGAAACCAGGGAAGCUUCUAGAAAGAAGGAAUACACUGGAACCUGCAAAACUAAAGGAGUUACUGAUCCAAGGGGAUGAAUCUGAAAUAGAAGAAAUUACUGCUCAGUGUACCCUACCUGAGUUUCGGCCUACCAGGAACACAGAGCUCAAGACAGCUUUCACCAAGGACAGUAUUCCAGUAGAUACAGAUGGGGAGGAGGAAGAGAUAUUUACCUCAUUCAGUACAGAGACAUACUCGGAUAUAAGAUCUCGACCUAGCUCCUCUGGAAGUCUGUUUAAGCAUGGGAAAGGAAGACCUUCUUCAGGUUUAGUGAGACCUUCAUCUUCCUCAUCCUCGGGGCGUCCUUCUUCCUCAAGCAGUCAGGCUUCAUACAGCCAACAGUCUUCAGUAUCAGACGCUGAUUCAGGAGUAGAAAUAUAUUCUCCAGGAUUAAGAAAGUCAUCUAUUAAUCUACCGAACAUUAGGAAAACUCAAAGAACAGAGGAUAAAACUCAGGGAGAAGUACAACUAGAGGAACUCAUUUAGAUAAUGUUAUAAUCUUAUUACUAUAGUUGAAGACAGAUAAUGUUUUAAUCUUAUUGCUAGUUGAAUACAGAUAAUGUUUUAAUCUUAUUACUAGUUGAAUACAGAUAAUGUUUUAAUCUUAUUGCUAGUUGAAUACAGAUAAUGUUUUAAUCUUAUUACUAGUUGAA